CGGGCGCGCAGGGUAGAUGACAUUGUGAAAUCCCGGGAGCCUCAACGCAAAUGGAGUAGCUGGAAACGCUUUCUCAUCAAACUAUUUCCGCCUUAAAACGUGCAGAAUUUCAAGAAUUUUGCACCUCGCUCACAACGAACUAGUUAGCUAGAGGCAACAGCUUUUUCUUAAACUAGUUAGCGAACUUACUUUAGUUGCUGCCACCUUUGACCAAGAAAAAGGAGAAGUCACAACUUGCACUUUGAGGGUAGUUCUGCAGGAAUGUCGCAGAAAGAAAGACCUACGUUUUAUCGGCAGGAGGUGACCAAGACGAUUUGGGAGGUACCAGAACGCUACCAGACCCUGUCUCCAGUCGGUUCCGGGGCCUACGGAUCAGUUUGCUCGUCGUACGAUCAGAAGACGGGUAUGAAGAUCGCUGUGAAGAAGCUCUCCCGGCCUUUCCAGUCCUUUAUUCACGCCAAGAGAACCUACAGAGAGCUACGGCUGCUCAAGCACAUGAAGCAUGAGAAUGUGAUCGGCCUUCUAGAUGUUUUCACACCUGCUACUAGUCUGGAGGAGUUCAAUGAUGUGUAUCUGGUGACCCACCUGAUGGGGGCAGACCUCAACAACAUAAUCAAGUGUCAGAAGCUGACAGACGACCAUGUGCAGUUCCUCAUAUACCAGAUCCUCCGGGGGUUAAAGUAUAUCCACUCAGCAGAUAUCAUUCACAGAGACCUGAAACCCAGCAACCUGGCUGUGAACGAGGACUGUGAGCUGAAGAUUCUUGACUUUGGGCUGGCGCGGCACACAGACGAUGAGAUGACUGGUUACGUUGCCACUCGCUGGUACAGGGCCCCAGAGAUCAUGCUAAACUGGAUGCAUUACAACAUGACAGUGGACAUUUGGUCUGUGGGAUGUAUCAUGGCUGAACUCCUCACUGGCAGAACUCUGUUUCCCGGUACUGACCACAUUGAUCAGUUGAAGCUAAUAAUGAUGCUCGUUGGGACGCCAGAGCCUGAGCUCUUGAUGAAAAUCUCCUCUUCGUCUGCAAGGAACUACAUCAAAUCCUUGCCUCAGAUGCCCAAGAGGAAUUUUUCUGAUGUGUUCAUUGGAGCCAACCCACAAGCUGUGGACCUGCUGGAGAAGAUGUUGGUUCUGGACACAGAUAAGAGGAUCACGGCUGCCGAGGCUCUGGCCCACCCCUACUUCUCCCAGUACCACGACCCAGACGACGAGCCUGAGGCUGACCCCUACGACCAGAGCUUUGAGAGCCGUGAUCUGGACAUCGAAGAAUGGAAACGGCUGACCUUUGAGGCGGUAUGUGAUUUUGAGCCACCCAUCUUCGAUGGAAACGACAUGGAAUCGUGAUUGGGCGAUGUGAUUUCUACAAGCCCCUCUCCCGUCAACACCAAACGUCUCUAUCACUGAUGUUCCUUCUUAUCAGACAACCUUUUGGAAUAAUAUUAUCAUCAGAGUGCCUGCAAAUGUUUGUCUAUUGUUAUAUUUCUUAAGCUCGCGCUCUCUCUCCCACCAUUUUGAAUCCGUAAGGUGUUGCAAGGGAAACGUUACAAAAAAUAGCCUGGUCCCAGAUUCGUUGGUGCUGUGGCAUGACAAUGGCCAUGGAAGUUGGCUGUACAACCCAAACAGAUAUGGGACCAGGCUAGAACUACAAUGGAGGAGAGGAGAGCGACAUUUUAAGGGCUGUUAAAUCAGUGUUAACAAAUACUGAUUGUAUGUGUCUACUACCGUGUAUUUUCAAGGGAGAAACGGAGGCAAGCAGAAAACAACCACUAAUACCAUUAUUGGUCCAUUUCUGAAAAAUGUCAUGCUUCUUUUAUUAUGUCCCAAAUGGCACCCUAUUCCCUAUUUAGUGCUCUGCUUUUGACCAGGGCACUAUAUAGGGAAUAGGAUGCUAUUUGGAAUCAAAUCUAUAUUUAAAUUAGUUUUGUAUUCUUCCUUCAGAAGUUUUAUUAUUAUGAAAGUAUUGCUCAUUACUGUAUUCUAUUGCUCACCACUGUAUUCUAUUGCUCAUUACUGUAUUCUAUUGCUCAUUACUGUAUUCUAUUGCUCACCACUGUAUUCUAUUGCUCACCACUGUAUUCUAUUGCUCAUUACUGUAUUCUAUUGCUCACCACUGUAUUCUAUUGCUCAUUACUGUAUUCUAUUGCUCAUUACUGUAUUCUAUUGCUCACCACUGUAUUCUAUUGCUCACCACUGUAUUCUAUUGCUCACCACUGUAUUCUAUUGCUCACCACUGUAUUCUCUUGCUCAUUACUGUAUUCUCUUGCUCAUUACUGUUUUCUCUUGCUCACCACUGUAUUCUCUUGCUCACCACUGUAUUCUCUUGCUCACCACUGUAUUCUCUUGCUCACCACUGUAUUCUAUUACUCAUUACUGUAUUCUCUUGCUCACCACUGUAUUCUAUUGCUCACCACUGUGAUAUCCGAAAGAAAUUAGAUGCUGAAUUGAAACAUCCGGAAAAUGUGUUCUGAUUGAAUCAUUUCAUGAUGUGUAUCAUCUGAAAUGUGCAAUAAUGCUUGUCUGUCACUCGCGCUCUGCCAAUCUACCAAUCACAGCGUUCGUGUCAGACUCCCCUGGCUUUGUUUUCCUGUCAGUCACAGCACUGGUGUCAAGACUCCCAGGCGCUUCAGAAACCGUUGAUGAUCUUCUUUAAUGGAUCUGGUAUAUGACAUAGGAUGUGUCCCAAAUGGAACUCUAAUACUGCAGUACUAAAUGCGAGAGACUAUAUUUCAGUUGAAUGCAUUGAGUUGUGCAACUGACUAGGUAUGUUCCUUUCCUUUGAACAGGGCCCAUAGGCUUAUGGUCAACAGUAGUGCACUAUAUAGUGAAUUGGGGACCAUUUGGAAUGCACAUGGGGAUUCAUUCUAUUCUUCAACAUUGUUAUGAACUUUUUAACUUUGUGGAAAUUUUUUAGCUGUGAGAAAUGUUUCCAUUUACCACGUUGCAGAUUAGUUCCCCCUCCCCCAAGUGUGAAUACUGUUCAAUGCCAGCGCCAGACCAUAGGAUGUUUAAUACCUUUUACAUUGUAGUCAUUUUAACAGACGCUCUUAUCCAGAGCAACCUACAAGAGCAAUUGGGGUUAAGUGCCUUGCUCAAGGGCACAUCGACAGAUUUUUCACCUAGACCGCUCAGGGAUUCGAACUAUCAACCUUUCUGUUACUGGCCCGGUUUUAACCGCUAGGCUACCUGCCGCCCAUUUAAUGCUCACAAACCCUAAAAUCAUUAUUCAGCUAAUUGAAUACCCAAAUGAUGGAAUUCUGGCAGAUUCAGACCAUUUUUGUGGCUUCCUCUCGUCCUCAUCUCCUUGAUCUGCACCGAGGUAAAGGAACUAGACAGGAGAAAGCGAAGGCCUGGUAGGGGUCAACCAUAUUGCUUUCAACUGUUCUGUGUUUUCAGAACACAACUGUGCAGAUGACGGACACAAUGGAAGGAAGCGACUAGAAUAUUGAGAUACAGCCCGAGUCAGAAUAAAUAACCGUGAUAGCCCCAGGACUCUAGUUGAACCAUGCUGCACUCCAUUGAAUAGCCCCAGGACCCUAGCCUAGUUGAACCAUGCUGCACUCCAUUGAAUAGCCCCAGGACCCUAGCCUAGUUGAACCAUGCUGCACUCCAUUGAAUAGCCCCAGGACCCUAGCCUAGUUGAACCAUGCUGCACUCCAUUGAAUAGAGAAUUAAUUCUAGUUUCACCACUUUCCAUAUUGACACUUUAAAACCAGAUGGAGUUGAUAUGAGCCACUGUGGGUUGUCAAUGAAUGUGCUAAUCAACGUGGCAUUAAGUAAACUAGGAAAAACAUGUAUUUUUGGGUACAAAAUCAACUCAAAUGUAUGUAAAUAUCUGUUCUAUAUUUUAUUUUUUAAUCUUCAUGACUUUUGGUUUGUUGAAUUUAAACAAUCUUCAUUAUCAGCAUGUUCAUCAUUUGUGCGUGUGUGUUUUGAAUAUGUGUUAACAGGAGCUUGACGUGUCAUGCUUAAAGCCGCAAAAUAGAAAAAUGUAAAUGGAUGUCAAAAAGAAAUGAGGGAAUUGCUUAGUUAUAUUUAUACUUUGUUGAGGUGGUAUUUCAACUGGACAGAGAUACUGUUGUUUAUUUCAGCCAAUCCCCAUAGAUGUCAGUCUUCUAACAGUCUUUACAGCAGAGUAACUAUUACUAGAAUUAAUGCCUUUGUUUAUAAAGAAAUAAAGACAGUUAUUUUUAAGUCUA